AUGGCCGCCUCCGGCGCCGCGGCCAGCCUCCCCGUGGCGGAGGCCGCCCGCUGUGCCGAUGCUCGCCCCUCCGCGCUGCGCUCCGAGAAGAGUGGCGACGUGACGCCGGAGACCGUCACCCCGCCCACGCGCUCGGUGAGCCCGAGCAGCGACGGCGGAGCUCUCCUGUCGCCGCGCGACGGCAGGCUCGGCGCGGCCGGCGCCUGCCAGGAGGCGGCGGGUGCGGGGCCGGCAGCGCGGCAGGGCGCCGCCGGAGGAGGCCGCCGGGAGGCGCCCGGGGGGGGCCAGCAGGCUGGCGGGAGCACUCCGGCGCCGCAGGAGUCGGCGGCUAGCUCGGGUCGCGGAGGCAGCAAUCAGGGAAGCAGUCCAAGGCCAAGGGCAAUCGCGGUGGUGUGGCCCAUGUCCAAGCUGCGUUCGCUCCGGCUUCUGGCUUCGGCCCGCUGUUUGGAGGAGGUAACUUCUCGGACACGCACUCCACGUCGGACCGGCGGAUAA